AUGGGUGAGCUAAUGAGCUCGAAGGAGGAGAAAGAUGGAUACAUGCAGACGAAUCAAUCCCUGGUCCGUGAAUUGCAGGAGCUGGAAUUAAAAAAGAAAGAAUUGGAAGAGCUUCUUAACCAAGAAGAGCGAAAAUCAGCUUCUUUGAGAGAGAAGUUAAAUAUUGCUGUUAGAAAAGGUAAGUCCUUGGUGCAACAGCGAGAUGGCAUGAAGCAAUCAAUCGAAGAACUGAAUGCUGAGGUUGAGCGCCUCAUGUCUGAGAGCAAGCACACUGACAAAACUAUUUAUGAGUAUGAGGAACAUAUCAAGAACUUAUUGGCUACCAGCGACAGGGUACAGGUGGUGGAAUCUGAAAAUAGUUUCCUCAGGGAUCGUCUGGCAGAAACUGAACGCUAUAUGCAGGAGAAAGAGGGUAGCUGGAACAGUAUUUUGAAUUCUCUGGGUGAAAUAGAUGUUGGAUUUGAAAUUAAUUCUGUAAAUCCAGUUGAGAGGAUCACAGAAAUAGGCAAGUACUUGCAUGGUCUACAUGGUCGAAUGGAUUCCCUUGAACAAGAUUCAAGAAAAUCUAAACGAGCAGCUGAACUACUGCUUGCAGAGUUGAAUGAAGUUCAGGAAAGGAAUGAUGGUCUUCAAGAUGAACUAGCAAAAGUUGUUGAUGAGCUUUCAGAAGUUUCCAGGGAAAAAGAUUUAGCUGAAAAUGCCAAACAUGAAGCUGUUGCACACAUUGAAAAACUGUCUUAUUUACACUCGGAGGAAAAGGAGAGACAAAUGUCUGAAAUUACGGUUUAA